GAUACCGUUCUUUCCAAUUUUUGAAACUAUUGUUUUUUCUGAUUUGACGUCCAAAAUUGAUUCUAAAAAUGAUAUUCAAUCGACUCUGAAUGUAUUACUCGUCUGGAAUUUGAUAGUCAAAGCGAUAGCUGUUGAAUUAUUCAAAGAACAAGGGCAUUUUUCGAAAUAUAAGAUCCGCCGGAUUUUUAGGACUUUUGGCCUGAAAAAAGUGUUUCAAACAGCUGAAACCAACUUUUCCUUACUCAGUUUGACACACUCUUUCUAAUGAUGUAUGAUUCAGUCGAAAAUAAAGUAGUGCUCAUCUGUCGAAUUUCCCGCACCUUGCAUAGCAAAACUGAAGCGAAAUAUGUGGGAUUUGUUGUACACAAUUUUGUUGUAUUUCACGAAGUUCUCCUUUAACUCGCAAAAUUCUGAAAGUAUUUUGCAAAAUUCUGCAGGUUUUGGCAAAAUUCAGAGAAAUCAGACAAAGUUCGGAGAAUACUCUUGCAUAAAUCUGUUGUAUUCGACAAAAUUCUGCUUCACUUCGCAAAAUUCUGAAAAUAUUUUGCAAGAUUCUAAUAGUAUUUGGCAACAUUCUGCAGGUUUUGGCAAAAUUCUGAGGAAUAAAUAAAGAUAUUCUUCCAUAAUUCUGUUCUAUUACACCAAACUCGGCUUUAAUUCGCAAAACUCUGAAAGAGUUUUCCAAAAUUCUGAUAAUAUUUGCAAAAUUCGGCAGGUUUUGUGAAAAUUCUGAGAAAUCUGAGAAAGUACGGAGAAUAUUCUUGCAUAAUUCUGUUGUAUUUCACCACAUUCUGCUUUAAUUCCCAAAAAGGGUAGAUGUAUUUCACGAAGUCCUGCUUUAAGUCGCAAAAUUCUGAAAGGAUUUUGCAACACUCUGUACGUUUUGGCAAAAUUCUGAGAAAUCGAAUAGACUUCGCAGAAUAUUUUUGAAUAAUCCACAGACAACUCGGCUUCAGUUCGCUAAAUCCUCAGAAAUAUGAGCGGGUUCUGAGAAUAUUCUUGCACAAAUCUGUUGUAUUUCACAAAAUUCUGAAAAUAUUUUGCAAGAUUCUAAUAGUAUUUGACAACAUUCUGCAGGUUUUGGCAAAAUUCUGAGGAAACGGAAAGAGCUCUGAGAAUAUUCUUGCAUAAUUCUGUUGCAUUUUAGAAAAUUGUGGUUCAAUUCGCGGUGCAUUCUCAGUUGAGGGUGAGGGUGAAUUUUGCGAAUUGAAGCAGAAUUUUGUGGAAUACAACAGAUUUAUGCAAGAGUAUUCUCCGAACUCUGUCCGAUUUCUCAGAAUUUUGCCAAAAUCUGCAGAAUUUUGCGAGUUAAAGGAGAACUUCGUGAAAUACAACAAAAUUGUGCAAGAACAUUCUUAUACUAACUUUGUUUUUAGUCAACUUAUUGUUUUGUAGGAGAACUCUAAUUAAAGCUUGAGGUCGAAAAACAUCAAAUUCACUACUAUACACCUAGAGAAUUUGACAUAAAUAUGAUAUUAUAGGAUUAUUAUCCGCUAGCAAGAAACAGCCCAACAUUAUGUGCAACGGAUGUACUCUAAGCUUGCACUAUUUGUACAAAUAUAUACUUUCUAAUCAAGUAAAUUUUGCUUCGUUAAGCGAACAGGAUAUAACAAGUGCUUUACAAGAAAUGAACCUCUGAGUAUUUUGACUAUACCCUUUUUUCUUUUCACAUUUCUCUAUCAGUCUUUUAUCAAAAGAUGCGUCCUCAAAUUCUCGCCAUCAAAUUCACAGCAAAAGUAAAAGAAUAUAGGAGAAAUACUGCGAAACUUCAAUUGUGAUUACUUUCCAACCAAAACAUCUUUUUUCCUCAGUUUCAGUGCUUUAUAAUUUAGGAAACACAACAUGAGAAGACGAGCAUUUUGCAGCUCUUAAAGAGCUCUAUCAAUUGGUCUAUUUAAGUCUCUUAAUAAUCACAAGCAGGUGAGGGAGAAUUAUUUUUCUUUUGUCGCUGUCUCUAUAAGUGAUCAUUUUCAAGGUAGUUUUAGAGCACCUAAGAACCCUAUCUAUAACCAAGCCUUUACUCCAGGUUCGUUUUGGGAGUUCAGAUUCAGGCGUUAUCAGAAUGAUGUAUAGAAUUUGCUUGCAUUGAAAGUAUUUCUUAUCAUCCAGAAGAAAAAGAAGUUCUAUUUAAUAUCGGUACAGUGUUUUCAACUGAUUCUAUAUGUGAUCCGGUCGAACUGAAUCAGUUUUAUACAGCUCACGUAACAGUCUGUGAAUACAAUGAAUCAAAACUCAAUGAUACGAAAUUAAAACCACGAAAAUAUACGCAACCAGAACUAUAUAUAUUAUUAACCAAAUAUUUAAUUGAACUAAAACAAUAUUGUACAGUUAGAAAACCGCUAAUUAAUUUAUUAGAUAAUGCACAUGUGCUCUUCCAAGACGACUCAUCAUUAGCAUCAGCUUAUAAUUGUAUGGGUACAAUUUAUUCACGACAAGGACUGUUUGGCAAUGCAAUGCUAUAUUAUAAGCUAGCAUUAAAAUAUCAAGUACGACUCGAUCCAUCAUACAAUAAUGCGUUAGCUGAAUGUUUCAAUAAUAUGGGUUCAGGUUUAAUGGAACAAAAGUAUUUAUAUGCAGCUUUAGAAAAUUUAGAAGAAGCAGUGCGAAUUCAAAACCAUGAACCAAUUGAUUAA